AAUUAGGGUUCUUUACAUCAAAUCCGCCAUAGCUAGGGUUUUUGUUCAUCUUCCCAGAGCUCACACACACCCACACACGAAGAAAUGAAGACGAUCCUAUCCUCUGACUCCAUGGAUAUCCCCGACGGCAUCAAAAUUAAGGUGAACGCCAAGGUGAUCGAGGUCCAAGGCCCGAGGGGAACACUCUCCCGCAACUUCAAGCAUCUAAAUCUGGAUUUCCAGCUUGUCACUGACCAGGAAACCGGGAAGAAGAAGCUGAAGAUCGAUGCCUGGUUCGGCAGCAGGAAAGCCACCGCCUCCAUUCGCACCGCGCUUAGCCACGUCCAGAAUUUGAUCAACGGUGUCACCAGCGGCUACCGUUACAAGAUGCGUUUCGUUUACGCUCACUUUCCGAUCAACGCUUCCAUCACUGGCAGCGGCACCGCCAUUGAGAUCCGCAACUUCCUUGGCGAGAAGAAGGUGAGGAAGGUUGAUAUGCUUGAAGGGGUUUCCAUUGUGCGGUCUGAGAAGGUGAAGGAUGAGCUUGUUUUGGAGGGCAAUGACAUCGAGCUCGUUUCUAGAUCAUGUGCUUUGAUAAACCAGAAAUGCCAUGUGAAGAACAAGGAUAUUCGGAAGUUCCUUGAUGGUAUCUACGUAAGUGAAAAAGGGGCUAUAGCUGUUGAAGAAUAAUAAUGUCUGGGUGCUCACCUUCUCGAGUCUGGUGGCUUCGUAUCCAAGUAGAUUGCGAAAUUCAACCCGGAAAAUGUGAGUGCGUGCAAUGUCCGUGUGCUAAUCUUGCUGCAGCGCCGUGUGUGCAUGACACGGCGCGCUCAAUGCUUCUUUGAGAAUGGCUCGCUUAUGCUAUAUUGAAGUUGGAUUAAGAUUGACCUAUCCAAGAAUAGGACAUUCUUUUUUUUGUUUUUGUUUCACAUGGAGAUUUGAUUGUUCAAAUUUUCUGAUAUGAUCAUAGAUAAGCCAUGCCUUCCCAAUUAAUGUUCUUUUGAAUUAUACUUAAUUCAUUCACUUUAUAGAAUGAAUAGCAAAACUGAUGAUGACAUGUAUUUACCAUAAAUAUAAUAAAUAAAUGAUUAACUUUAUAUCCUUAA